AUGGCGAGCACGACCGGCGCCCAGGCGGCGGGCGACGAACGCGCGAAGGAGCGUGUCGAGGAGAGGAUACGCCUGCGAGAGCAAGGGAGUUAUGUAGUGUGGCCCCCGUCGCCGCCCCGCUCGCUGUCGGACAGCGAGGACGAGAAACACGAGCACCGUGCGCAGGACGAGGACCGUGCUCGGCACCACCGUCACAAACACCACCGCCACCACCGGCACCACCGGCACCGGCACCGCUCACGGUCGCAGAGCAAGGAGGCGUCGCCACGCCGGCGCACGCACUCGCCAGACACAGCGCACGACGAAGAGAUCGGCCCGCAGCCGCUGGCCAUGCCGGACGACGCGCCUUUGUACGGCGAUCGUCUCUUGCCCGGCGAAGGCGCCGCGAUGGCCGCGUACGUCCGCGACGGAAAGCGCAUUCCGCGGCGCGGCGAGGUUGGAUACGAGGGCGACAAGAUUGCCUCGCUCGAAAAAGCGGGCUACGUCAUGAGUGGAGCACGACACGACACGAUGGACGCCGUGCGCCAGCGCAAAGAGAGCCAGGUAUACUCUGCAGAAGACAAGCGCAGUCAUCUACGGCAGCAGGCGGAAGAGCGCGCAAAGAAAGAGGCCGAGGUCAUUGCACAGUUCCGCGAGAUGGUCGAUACGCUGCAGAGCAGCCAGAGGUCCUAA